UGGCAGGUGACACACACUAAAGAUGAGCAAUUAAAACCUUGCUUCGACCAGUGUAUCUUCCCUGCAGCUUCGACAUUUGACUGGCGUAUUUGGAGGCACAUUAUAAUUUUUUCGGCAAUUGUUGCAAGUAGCUGUCCACAAAGACUUGUUGUCUCCCAAAUAUUUCAGCUUCCCAGCAACCCAACAAGUUUUAGUCUGUCAAACAGAUUGUUAAAAGAUACUGCGCGUUGGACAGUUACUAUCUCACUGGCUAAUGGGUAUGGAAACAAUUUGUCUGUGUCUCUAUACACUCCUUCCUCCACCAGUUUUGCAACAUUUGCUUUGUUUUCAGUGUGCCCUCUCAACGACCUGAAUAAGCGCAGUCCAGUUUCUGGUCUCAUCAGUAAUUUGGCUAAUGGGCAGAUAGGCUCACCUGGUAUGUUAGCCAAAAUAUUACGAUUAAUAGUGCGCAAGAUACCUAUCACAAGCGUAGAUGUUGUU